ACAUCUUGGGGGUGUGUCAAGUCGAACACAAAUCUAACCAGAAAAAAAACAAGACUCCGAAACAUAGAGUUCCUGUCUCAAUCAAUUGGCAUCAAUAACCCCUAACUCGAUUCAAGAACCCUCUGAACUCAUACGCAGUGGCUCCGUUUUCUCUUUCUCUUCAACAAACACGACUCGGCAAGUAUGUUUCGGAGACGCUUCUCGGCCAACGGGACUGUGAUUGGACCCUGGUGGGAGGAUUCGGAGUUUUCACCCGAUGAGUCGCUCAUCUUCUACCUAUUCGGUGUUGUGUUGUGUGCUGUGAUCUGCAUAGGUCUAACUGGAAACUUCAUGACUAUUGUCAUCUUUGCAAGAGGCCAGCCCAAGAAGUCUCACAAUACAUUGACAUUAGGUCUGGCUUAUUCUGACCUGAUGAUGGUUCUGGGAAGUCAAAUGCCCACAUGUAUUUCCGCGUUCAGAACCAAAUGGACAUUUUUCAGCACAGUCGGUUGUACAAUGUCAGCUGCAUUCGGGGCUUUCAGUGGCUUCAGCUCCAUUCUCAUCAUGUCUUUCAUAGCAUAUAACAGAUAUGUCAGUGUGUACUAUCCUCUGGACGCCAUGGCCUACCAAGAUGACCAUAAAAGGACGGGGAAAAUGCUGGCUGCUUCCUAUUUGACAUCUGCAAUGCUCGCUGCACUUCCCAUGUCCUAUAAUGGAUACCGAUCUACCACUCUUCCGUUCUGUUGUGUGUUGGGCUUUAAUGACCUCAACUGGCGUUCAGUGAUGACACUUGUGUGCAUGUACAGCAUAGGCUUCAUUAUUCCUCUUCUGUCCAUCUGCUGGUUCUACAUCCAGAUACUCCGCAAGAUCCGACAGACCAACUUAGAUCUGGCAGGCGCCAAGAAUCACGCUAACCAGCAUUCCACAGAGAAGAAAGCAGUGAUAACCUCUUUACUCUGCGUGGUAGUUUUCGUCUUCUGCUGGCUGCCCUAUGCCACUGUACUCCUAGUCGGUCAUCUGCCGUUUGAUCUGCAAGUGGCCGAAUUCAAACCCCACACAAUUGCAUUGGCUGCAGUUUGUGCCAAAAUGUCGGCGGCUUGUAACCCUUUCAUCUAUGGCUCAUUACACGUGAAGAAAAAGUAA